AUGGAUCGUAUUGGUCGGCCAUGGUUUUCGAUCAGGAACUGGAUAACGAGUCUCCUCCUCCGUUACUUCCCUCUAAACCCUGCACGAUCGCCAACCGUUCCUCCGGCCAAUCCGACGGCGGCAGAGGCAGCCUCUCCCCGUGAGCACGAGCCUCCGAUCGUUUUCUCCCCGUUUUCAGCGCCGUCGGUGGAAGUCAAUAAGUACUACGAGGUGUUUGUGAGCUUCAGAGGGGAAGACACUCGCAGGGGAUUCACCAGCCAUCUCUGCGACGCUCUCUCUUCCAGAAUAGGGAUUUCGUUCGUCUACAAGGAUGAGCUCUGCCUCGAGAAAGGCCAGCCCAUCGCGCCGGAGCUCCUGAAAGGGAUCGAGGAUUCCAGAGUCGCGGUCGUCGUCUUGUCCAGGAACUACGCCGAUUCCACCUGGUGUCUCGACGAGCUGGUUCACAUCCUCCACUGCCGGAAACGGAGGGAUCUCCUGGUCCUUCCGAUUUUCUACCAGGUGGAUCCGUCGGAUGUCAGGAAGCAGAAGACAGGAAGUAGCUUUGGUGACGCUUUUGCUAAACACGAACGAGUUUUCACCGGCGUCGGCGGCAGCGAGAAGGUCCGGAAGUGGAGGGAUGCUUUGACGGAAGUAGCUAAUCUCUCCGCAUUCACCACAGCUGAAUACAGCAAAGACUCGGAUAUGAUCAAGGCCAUUAUGGGGAAGAUAUGGAAGGAAUUGAGCCCCACAUUUCCAAGCAUCAGCAUGCCUCUCGUUGGAAUUGACAGGCGCGUGAAAGCAGUGAUCGAUUUACUAAGCUUAGACUCCACAGCUGAAAGAAACGAAGUUCGUAUGAUUGGGAUCUGUGGGAUGGGCGGCAGUGGCAAAACCACAGUUGCUAUGGCAGCUUACGACACUAUUCGCUCUGAAUUUGAGUUUAGCACUUACGUUUCACGCGUUCGAGAAGCUUGCAACACCCAUGGAGGGCUAAUUCAAUUGCAGAAGCAGCUGUUUAACGAAAUUGAGGGUAACGUCACGAUGGCAAGUGUCCAGACAUGGGGGGAGUUUGGAGGAAUCGAAAGGCUUAAGAGGAUGUAUAGAGGGAAGAAGCUGCUCUUGAUUGUGGACGACGUCACCCACCACAAGCAGCUGCAGUACUUGGCAGUGGAGCAUUCUCUAUUUGGGUCAGGGAGUCGGGUCAUUAUAACGUCCAGAGAUCAACACUUGCUCCAUGCUCAAAGGGUGGAUUCUGUAUACGAGACCGAAUUGUUGGACGAAAAUGAAGAUCUUGUGCUACUGUGCCUGACAGCUUUUGGCCAAGAGGAACCUUUGGAAGACUACAGGUAUGAGUGUGAGAGAAUUUUGGGUUAUGCUGGAGGCCUUCCCAAGGCGAUAGAAGUGUUGGGUUGCUCGCUGAAGGAGAGAAGUGUUUCUGAAUGGAGGCGCACAAUUGAGAAGCUGAAAAGAAUUCCUCCGGGUGAAAUUCUAGAGGUACUGAAAGUCGGUUAUGAUGCACUGGACGAGGAAGAGAAGGAGAUGUUCCUAGAUUUCGUGUUUUUCUUCAAUGGGGUCGAUCUCCUUCCAGAUCCCAUAAACUUUUUGUUCAAUGUGCCCCUUAUGAUGGUUCAGGACCUCUAUCUUGAUGAGGGUAUUGGGAUUUGGAAUCUUGUUGAUAAGGGACUAUUACAAGUUGAAGAACGGUACUAUGGUGAUCAUAUCUAUAUGCACCAUUUAUUGGAGGAGAUGGGUAGGGCAAUUGUCCGCUCGGAAUGUCCAGAUGAGCCUGGACAAUGCAGUAGGUUGACUGGUUAUCAAGAUGUUUGCCAUGUGCUUACUAAAGGAACGGGAAGUAAAAAAUUGAAAAUUAUUUCGUCGAGAGCAGAUUCUGGAUACCCAGUCCCAGAGAUAGUAAUGCAUUCCAGUGAAGCCUUUUCGAGAAUGAGCAAUUUAAAAGUGCUGGAGUUAAGAUAUGUGAAGAUCACGCAAGGACCAACUUAUCUUCCUGAUGAGUUGCGAAUUCUGUCUUGGACUGAUUACCCUUCCGAAUCCCUGCCGCCGAGUUUCAACCCUCACCGCCUGUUUCUACUACAGUUGGAUCGCAGCAACAAUCUGAAGAGACUCUGGCACGGGAAUAAGACAAUGUCGUGCCUUACUUGCAUGACACUUUGUGGAUGCUUCAAUCUGAUUGAUGCCCCAGAUUUUACCACAACACCUCAUCUCGAGAUACUGUCACUCGACGGCUGUGUGUCGUUGCUUGAGGUUCAUUCAUCAUUUGGGCGUCUCAAAAACCUUGUUUUUGCAAGUUUCAAAUGGUGCGAGCGUUUGGAGGUAUUGCCUCCGAGUCUUGAAACCAACUCUUUGGAGUUCCUUAGCCUGCAAGGCUGCUCAAAGUUGAAGAGGUUCCCGAAGAUUGAGGCCCAUAUGGACCGCUUGGCUGAACUCAGUCUAGAAGGCACUGGGAUAGAACAGCUAGAUGCAACAAUUGGACUAUUGGUUGGCUUGACAAAAUUAAACCUUGGGCACUGUAAAUGCCUCACAAGUCUGCCAGACAGCCUUUGUUGUUUGACUUCACUUGCACAGCUUGAUCUAAAUGGUUGUUGUGAGCUAGAAGAUUUACCUUCUUCCCUACGGCUUUGUGUUUCCCUGGAGUAUCUGCGGGUGGAAGACUGUGCAAAGCUUCAGUCUUUGGGGGAGCUUCCACCAAAUAUCCAGCGCUUGAAAGCCAAAGGUUGCAAGUCCUUGGAAGGAAUUCCUGAUACAAUCAACCUGCGCAGCAAUGGAGUGGAUAUUGAUUGCCGUCAGUGCUUCAAAUUGGAUCAACCAGAGAGCUUAGGUUGGAGAAAGCUUCAAAGAUACCUCCAGGGCGCUCCUAAUCCAGAACAAGAAUUUGGCAUUGUGACUCCGGCUGGAACCAACAAGAGUAUGGAUAUCCCAGAGUGGUUGAUGUCAUCUGGCCAUCGGUUCCGUUGGGGUAUACUAGAGCCGCCUCCUGAUGACCUCAUGAACGAUGUUAGUAAUCCGGAUUGGAUAGGGACUGUUCAGGGUGAUGCUGAAGAAGAAAGGCACAUUUGGUUGUCCUACGUUCCUAAGGGUUCUAUGGGAUACUACAUGGAAAACCCUGCUCCGGGCAUUCCUACCUCCAGAGAAGGCGUUUGCCAUAGUUACUCCGGCCGGAAUCUAGAAGGAGAUGGGUAUUCCUAUUCCAGUGUGGCUGUUGAAGAUUGAAUCCAGUGGAGUUCUUUGCAGACGCCGGCACCUGAUGAUGGUGGCAUCGGUGAUCACCUGAAUGAUGCUAGUAAUCCAUAUUGGAUAGGGAUAAUGGUUAUGUCGACCUGUCUGCUGUGAACCUUGCCUUCUCCAUACACAGCUGAAUCGUUAAUUCGCGGAAUGGCAAGCUGUUGCUGAGGAGGAACGCCAGCUUUGGUUGUCCUACACAUCCCAAGGGUGCCCCGAGAUACGACAUUGAGAACCCUGCUCCUUCAAGCAAAAGCUACCUGGUGAUAUUAUGCCCAUGAGCGUGGAAUGGGGUUGGUGCAAAUAUGGAAAUUUGUACCGUCACGAGGUCGAAGAGCAGAAGAAACAGGACAGUAUAGACUAUCCAAAAAGCUGGAAAGGAUGCAGAGCCAAGAAUAUCGGCAAGUCCCAUUAGACAUUAUAAA